AUGGAGGAAGCGGCAAGACAAACGGCAAUAAGAAGAAACCUCAGCGGGGACCAGGUCCGGAGCGCGUGCACGUCAGCCAAUACAAAGAAAGCCUACCAAAGCUACCUCAAGGGGGUUGCUAAGUGGGUUCACGCGUUGCAGCCGUCACCAGACACCUUCUUUUGCAAGGAUGACAGCUUAAACCUGGCCGUGUUUGUGCCGCAGCACUUUGAAGCCUUCCUUCUGUACAAAAUUAACAAAGGAAAACUCAAAGUGUCUACUUUACUGAUUCAAGAGCGUGGAGGCUGA